UACCAAGUGUUUGUCUUAGUCCCCUCCAGUCCUGUGUACACUCUGAGAGAGAGGGAACAAGGAGGGCCAGUCUCUCUGAUCAGAUAACGGUGAAGAUUUGUCUGACUGUGACCAUGCGUGUGAUUAUUAUCUUCCUCUUGUCUGGCCUGCUUCCACUUUCUCUCGCCCAUGGACAGGACCCCUUUGCCUGGUUGUAUGGCCGGCGAAGCGAAGGACAUUAUAUUGGCUCUCUGCAGGCAGACUCUGCAGGAGGUGUGUGUCCAGAUGAGUGUGACUGCCCACCCACCUUCCCAGUCGCUAUGUACUGUGAUGGGCGGGGCCUGACAGCCAUGCCAACCAUUCCCUCCCGUAUAAAAUAUUUGUACCUCCAGAACAAUGCCAUUACAGCUGUGCCUGACUCAGCUUUUGUCAAUGCAACCAAUCUGGUGUGGCUCAUGAUGCACCACAACCAACUGACAUCUGAUGCCAUUGGCAAGAAGGCCUUUCUGAAGCUGGAGGCAUUAGAGCGCUUAUAUCUACAACACAACAAUUUAAGCAGCAUUCCUUCAAACCUCCCCCGCUCCCUGAGAGACCUGAGAAUCAACCACAACAAAAUUGAAAAGGUUACAGCUGUAGAUGUGGAGGGAAUGGAUAACCUCACGAUCCUGUAUCUCCAUGACAACGCUGUCACGGAUAUGGGCACAUCACUGAAGGCGCUGAUAUCGCUCACACUGCUGGACAUCAGUGGCAACAAGUUGACAAAGGUCCCAGAGGGUCUCCCAGAACAUCUGCAUCAACUCUACCUGGAGUCCAACUCCAUUGAUUCUCUUCCAGAGGGCUUCCUGGGCAGUUUCACUCAGCUGCAGUACGUCAGAAUUGCCCACAAUCAGCUCACUGACAAGGGGAUCCCUCCCAACACCUUUAAUGUGACAGGGCUGGUGGAGCUUGACCUGAGCUUCAAUAAACUGGAGCGAAUCCCUCCAGUGAGCACAACACUACUACAUCUCUACCUGCAAGCCAACCAGAUCAAAGAGUUCACUCUGGGUAGUUUCUGCAGCAUUAUGGAUGUGACCAACUUCUCCAAACUGCAGACUCUGCGGCUGGAUGGAAAUGAGAUCAGCCUCCAGGACAUCCCUUCAGAGUCAUCCGUCUGCCUGCGUCAGGCCUCCAGCAUCGAGGUGUAACUGAAUGUGACACAGUGUGUGGCACUCUGAUCACAAAUGUACCAGAACAAAAGAACAGCAGGUGGCAGCAGUCUGUACUGUGAUAUUCAUUGUUCAACUCAUAGUACAUGUAAAGAUUUGUGAUUGUUUGCAUGGCAUCUGAAGAAAUAAUUUUACACAUCUGGACUAAAAUAUGUCUGGUUGUAUUUGAUUUAAUAAAGGGAAAGCCUUUUACUUCAUAAUACAGUGUAAGACAAUGUAUGAGUAACAUGUAAUGAUUAUGUUUUGCAUAUCGAAUUGAUCUGACCCUAGCCUUUCCUUUAUGUUAGUGUGAUGAUCAAUGCUUUGUGAACAAUUUGUAUCUUCCUUUAAUGGUCUUUUUGUCUUUUUUUAAAAAGCAUGCUUUUGAUUUUUUCUUAUUGUAUCAUAGGAUGAUAAUAAAAAUAUCAUGUAUUAUGCAUUUUAUUUGAAAUUACUAGCGCUAUAAGAAGCAUGACAACAUCUUCAACACUUGACAAACCUUGUCUCAUGGUUAUAUUGCAAUUUGGUAGAUUAUUUUAUCUUUGUGAUAAGAAUGCUGUGACUGUUUUACCGUAUUUUCUCUUUUCGGUGACACUCAAUUUUCUUGGAGACAACAUAGAUAUAUAUGUACUGGGUGAAAAACAUGUACUGUACUGUAGUAAAUCACAACUACAGAGGCCUUUAUGUUUGUAUUGUGCCUUGUGAGUAUUACAUGGAUUAGUUACCAUACUGACACAGAGUUUAUGUUUACAUGCUUGUUGGAGAAUAAAUAAAA